GAUUUGAACAAAUACGAAUACGGAGUUGGUUGGGACUUGAACGGGAGAGUUCGACCAAAAUUCCCACGCCCGGCGGUUCUACGGUCGAGCCAAGCCCCCUCAACUGCUGAACGGAGAGUUCGACCUAGCACGCCCGGCCGCCGCCGCAGCCCGCAAUGGCGUCCCUUUUCAAGGACCCCAGCAAGCUCUCGGCGUACAGGGACCGCCGGUUCAAGGGGACGCAGGAGGAGUAUGAGGCGGCGCUGCUUGCGUCGACAACGCUGUACAUCGGUAAUAUGUCCUUCUACACCACGGAGGAGCAGGCCUACGAGCUCUUCUCCCGCGCCGGCGAGAUCAAGAAGAUCAUCAUGGGGCUCGACAAGAACUCCAAGACCCCAUGCGGUUUCUGCUUUGUACUUGGUGUGGUACAUGCAUAUCUAUGGAAAAGCAAUGGGUACGGACAGGGCAACCCCGCAGCAGAACGCCAUGGGCGACGGCGCUUGCCUCUGCUGUACUACUCUAGGGAGGAUGCUGAAGAUGCUGUCAAAUACAUUAGUGGAACGAUGCUUGACGAUCGUCCAAUCCGCGUUGAUUUCGAUUGGGGCUUUGAAGAAGGCAGACAGUGGGGCCGUGGACGAAGUGGUGGACAAGUCAGAGAUGAGUACCGUACAGAUUAUGAUCCUGGAAGAGGUGGUUACGGUAAGAUGGUUCUGAGGGAACUAGAAGCACAGCGAGAAUUAGUUGACUAUGGUGGAUCUUUUCAACCGAAUGCACCACCUCCCUAUGAGAGAAGUGAGCGGAAGAGAGGACAUGGAGAUUCUCAUAGGAAUGACAGAGGAGAUUACCAGCGGAAACGCUACCGGAACGAUGACCGGUCAGCACCAGAGGAGUCCAAGAGAGCACCGGACUCUGAUCCAGCGGAGAAGAAUCCUAGAUUCCGUGAGAAAGGUGACUCUGACGAAGAAGAGGAUGACUACGACGGCAAACGUCGUCGCUAAAGCUGUGGAACAGCCGUUGCUACUACAUGCAGCUGUUCUGGUGUCCAGACGUUGCAGAAGAGUCCACAGCUAGCAGCAGUAUCCGGAUCUCGCCCUGUUGUACAACAGAUUUAAUUCUUCGGUCGGCCAUUCCUCCUUUUCUAGUGCUCCUAUCAUCUGUUAAUCUGAAUGUGCGCGGUGUUACAUGUGCUCCAAGUGGGGCACUGUUCUCACAGAUACAAUGAGCCUUAUCUGUACGUUUGCUGCUGAUGAAGCUUGAGACCAGUGCAUAUAUUAAUUCUAACAGAUUGUUACCGAACCCAA